AUGUCCAACUUGUUCGACGUCUUGGAAGAUGGAGGAUAUGCAUUCUUGUCUGCGCCGUUGACCGGAGUCUCGGACAAAUUGCCCUUUCACUUUUACCACAGCACGUGGACUGGCUUGGCCACUUUGAUGAAUCGAUCUGGUUUUGAAGUCUUGGAGAUGCGGCGCUGGGGAAAUUUGGACUAUGAAGUUGAGAUUUCCAAAUUGAACUCCGAGCCAAAGAGCGAUGACUUGACCAACUUGCAACACCAAAGGUUUCACGAGGAUUUCGCGUGGGGUCUUUUUCGGAAAUCGGCCGCCAAGUACAAUCAGACCUGCUUCGGUACUUCCACUCGCUGGCUUCAGCACUGGGCCUACACAGCAAGCGAAACCAUGAAUCUUUGGAAUGUGAUUGAGCCCAGCAUGCGAGGAACGUAUUCGAAUGAAAUCAAGGCGAUUCCCCAACUGCUGUCAUUUGGUGGUGCAGAAUAUGAAUUGCACCUGGGUCCUCAUCAGCGUCGCGUCGUUGACUUUGGUCCUUACCGUGGAACUUCUGGGGAUUUGCACAAGCUCAGCUUGGAGGAUCUCACUUCAAAGCUGGCACCGGGCACCGCUGGCGUGGAUUUCUGCAUUUUGGGUCAGACUCUGGAGCACCUCUAUGAUCCGUACCUGGCAGUCCAAAACCUCUUCGAUGUUACCGCGCCCUGCGGCUUUCUUUUCACCAGCACUCCUUUUGCGAACAUUCCGCAUAUGAUGCCACAUCACCACUACCAUUACAGCAGCAUGGGCCUGGCCAUGCUUUUCCAUCGGGCUGGAUUCGAGGUAGUGGAGAUUGGGCAGUGGGGCAGUCAGGAAUACCUCUCCAAGCUGUUCCAAACGACGCUCGCCGCAGAUGAACGGCUGAAAAACCUGUUUUGUGAGUGUUGUCAGUUUGCUUUUUACGACUGCCACGCAUGCGCUUCUCCAGUCGGCACCAUGGAUUGCCGAGCUGCCAUCCGACAUGUGAUCCAAGAAAUGGUGGAGGUGUUUUCGAAGGCUGACGAAACAUACCAAGAGAUCCAGGAGAAGAAGGAGGACAUGAAUAUCUUGACAGGCCUCCACAAUUGUCCUGAUUCUGAUCCUUGCUGCCGCGCAGACUUGACAGCUGAGAAACCCGCUGUGUCCACCAAGGACAUUAGUGCGCUGAGGACCACCAUCGAGGAAUGUGAAGCCAGAGCCCGCCAAAGAGUUGAAGAUGUGAUGUCCGACCUGAGAAGGGAGUCAUUGAAUGGCAAGUCCAGCGACCGCUUUGCGAUACAGAAGGAAUUACAGGAGCGCCGGAAAGAGCAGUUGGCGGUGAUUCUCGAAGAGAAAAACGUCCUGCAGUUCAUUCAGGAUGGUGCUGAAAGGUCAAAGGUCUUGACCCAAUUCGCAGGGCUCAGCGCCGAAAAGCUGGAACUGAUGACCGAGGACGAGAAGGACGUGUACUAUUCCAAAGCCCGGUCAGAAAGGAUCCAGCAGCGCUAUCAAGUUGGCAUCAAAGUGGCCGAAGAACUCCUGGAUUCGAAAGCAAGUUGGCACCGAAACAUCGAAGAGAAAAGAGACUCCUUGAACGACUUGGCUCAGAGAGCGCGACAGAAGGCCAGGAGGCUUGGUACCAAGCGAACUCAAUAG